AUGGCCGGUGCUUGCACUGGGUUGGGAGCGUGGGCCGGUGGUGUGAUGUUCGUGGCUGGAGGGGCUGUGUGUGAGAGAGGAGGAGGUAAUAGACGGGUGUUGGCUGGUGUGUGUAGAGAGGGGCGAUGGUAUGGUUGCUUUUGGAGGGGAGAAAUGCCAGAACUUUUAAUGGAGAAGAAUCUUACAACCACUGCUGUAGUUGUUCGGAUUGUUCAAUUGAUUCAGUUGAGAUUGGGCAAUUCUAAUUCUGUACAGGAGGCUAGAAAUAAUCCUAAAUUUCUGAUCCUUGCUUUAACCACUCUGCUUCUGGUGCCGAUGGAGAUCUCAGCCAGCGGGGCAACUCAAACUGAUCAUGCUAAGUCGUAG